AAGCAGUCAGGCUUCCAGACACAAAACAGUCUAACAUGAAGGUUGCAGUCGCCAUUUUGGUUCUAGCCCUUUCUUCCGUUUAUGCUGGCAAAACAAAGUAUGGCAGCAAACAUGCCUACCCAUAUUCUUCUCCGUAUGAUAGCCUGCAAGGAGGUUUUCUAGGACAGCCAGGCUUAGGUGGAAGCUUAGGUGGUCCACUCAACCAACUCGGACUUGGAAGUCAAGGUCUUGGCGGCCUGCAAGGAGGUUUUCUAGGACAGCCAGGCUUAGGUGGAAGCUUAGGUGGUCCACUCAACCAACUCGGUCUUGGAAGUCAAGGUCUCGGCGGCCUUGGAAGCCUCAAUCCUUUAAGUGGAGGUCUGUACCCAUACGGAAACCAGCUUCAAUAUGGAAACCAAUAUCCUUAUGGUAGCCAAUAUCCAUAUGGAAACCAAUAUCCUUAUGGAAACCAAUAUCCUUAUGGUAGCCAAUAUCCAUAUGGAAACCAGUUCCCCUAUGGAAGUCAAUACCCAUAUGGAAACCAAUAUCAGUUAGGAAACCAAUAUCCUUAUGGAAACCAAUAUCCAUAUGGUAGCCAGUAUCCAUAUGGAAACCAGUUCCCCUAUGGAAAUCAAUAUCCAUAUGGAAGCCAAAGUCCAUACACUUUGGGAGGUGGUGUGUUGGGAGGACCUUUGUCUGGAUUAGGAUCUGGUUUAGGAGGACCUUUGUCUGGAUUAGGAUCUGGUUUAGGAGGACCUUUGUCUGGAUUAGGAUCUGGUUUAGGAGGACCUUUGUCCGGAGUAGGAUCUGGCUUAGGAGGACCUUUGUCCGGAGUAGGAUCUGGUUUACAAGGAUUGGGGGGACAAGGUUACUUAGGCAACCAGUAUGGUACAGGUUAUGGUUCAGGAUAUGGAAAGAAGAAGGUGUAUUAAAUAAUCCAAGAUGACCAUUGGCGCUUCCCUUUUAUACUGAUGUUGGACUUUUUUAAAAUAAAUUUUUUGCAUUCAA